AUGGCUCGUACCAAGCAAACCGCUCGCAAAUCCACAGGAGGAAAGGCUCCUCGCAAGCAGUUGGCCACCAAGGCAGCUCGCAAGUCGGCUCCAGCCACCGGAGGUGUGAAGAAGCCCCAUCGUUACCGCCCAGGAACUGUCGCACUU